GGCUCUGGGGUCCCCCCCCCGCCAUGGCCUGCCUGCACGAGACGCGGACGCCGUCGCCGUCGCUGGCGCUGGGCUCGGACGGGACCCCCGAGCAGGAGCUCACCCCCACUCAGUGCGUGCUCCGGGACGUGCUGCCCCCCGCGCCCGCGCCCGCCGCCCCCCCGGGCCCCGCCGCUGCCCCCCCCGAGCCCCCGCGGCCCCUGCCCGCCCCCGCCGCGCAUCUGCGGUGCCAGGCGGGGGGGGGGGGGCUCCUGGAGGGGCUCUUCGGGUGCCUGAAGCCCGUGUGGAGCAUGAUCGGGAAGGCGUACAGCGCGGAGAGCAAGAGCCAGCAGGAGGACCCCUGGGAGGUGCCGUUCGAGGAGAUCCUGGACCUGCAGUGGGUGGGCAGUGGGGCGCAGGGCGCCGUGUUCCUGGGGCGCUUCCACGGCGAGGAGGUGGCCGUGAAGAAGGUUCGGGACCUGAAGGAGACCGACAUCAAGCACCUGCGCAAGCUGAAGCACCCCAACAUCAUCACCUUCAAGGGGGUGUGCACCCAAGCACCCUGCUACUGCAUCAUCAUGGAGUUCUGCGCCCAGGGGCAGCUCUACGAGGUGCUGCGCGCCGGGCGCAAGGUCACCCCAUCCCUGCUGGUCGACUGGUCCAUGGGCAUCGCCGGCGGCAUGAACUACCUGCACCUGCACAAGAUCAUCCACCGCGACCUCAAGUCGCCCAACAUGCUCAUCACCUACGACGACGUGGUGAAGAUCUCGGACUUCGGCACCUCCAAGGAGCUCAUCGACAAGAGCACCAAGAUGUCCUUCGCCGGCACCGUGGCCUGGAUGGCGCCCGAGGUCAUCCGCAACGAGCCCGUCUCCGAGAAGGUCGACAUCUGGUCCUUCGGGGUGGUGCUGUGGGAGCUGCUGACCGGGGAGAUCCCCUACAAGGACGUGGACUCCUCGGCCAUCAUCUGGGGCGUGGGCAGCAACAGCCUCCACCUGCCCGUGCCCACCGGCUGCCCCGACGGCUUCAAGGUGCUGCUGCGCCAGUGCUGGAACAGCAAGCCCCGGAACCGGCCCUCGUUCCGGCAGAUCCUGCUGCACCUCGACAUCGCCUCCGCCGACGUCCUGUCCACCCCGCAGGAGACGUACUUCAAAUCACAGGCCGAGUGGCGCGAGGAGGUGAAGCUGCACUUCGAGAAGAUCAAGUCGGAGGGGACGUGUCUGCACCGGCUGGAGGAGGAGCUCAUCAACCGCCGGCGCGAGGAGCUCCGGCACGCGCUGGACAUCCGGGAGCACUACGAGCGCAAGCUGGAGCGCGCCAACAACCUGUACAUGGAGCUGAGUGCGCUCAUGCUGCAGCUCGAGCUCAAGGAGAAGGAGCUGCUCAGGCGGGAGCAGGCGCUCGAGAAGCGGUACCCGGGGCUCUUCAAGCCGCGGGCGCCGCGGGGGCUCCUGCACGGGAACGCGGUCGAGACCCUCAUCAAGAAGAGGAACGUCCCGCAGAAGCUCUCCCCCCACGGCAAGCGGUGA